AUUCAGCUAUUUCUUUUUCCACGCCAAUAUCUGUUACUUGAUCAUCUUGAGCCAAGUAAUUGUAUGAUUUGUUAGCUUUGAUUGUAAAGGGAGAAAAAAUGGCAGAGGUUAUAGCUCUGGUGACCCCGGUUAUGGACGUGUUGCUUCAGCUGCUAAUGAAAGAAGCAAACUCCUUCAAGCGCCUCCGUAAAGAAGUGAAGAGCCUAAAAGACGAAUUGGAGUGUGUCCAGUGUUUUCUCAAAGAUGCCGAGGAAAGGUCGGAGAAGGAAGACAUGAGAGAUGGCGUAAAAGUGUGGUUGAAACAAGUAAGGGAAGAAGCUUUCCACAUAGAAGAUGUCAUUGAUUUAUACAUCCUAUAUGUGGCACAACACUGUCACUCGCGUGGAUUCGUAGGGUUGCUCCGAAGAACAGCUCGCAUGCUUAAAGCCUUGAAGCCACGUUAUAACUUCAUUUCUGAAAUCAAGGAGAUCAAAGCAUCGCUACGUGAAAUCAAAGAUAGAGGUGAACGGUAUGGCUUCAAUUCAUCGGCCCCAGAAUCAAGUAAUAGGGUAACUGAACUUGAGCACUGCGGAAUUCGGUUGGGUUCCUUGUUCAUUGGGGAUGAUGAAUUUUUGGACCUUCAUUCCACUCGUGAUGAACUGAUGACAAGGUUGGUAGAAGGAGCGUCGACUCGAACGGUGAUUUCAUUGUUAGGCAUGGGCGGAAUUGGUAAAACUACUCUUGCUAGGAAAGCCUACGAUGCCAAAGUCGUUAAAGCGCAUUUUGAUUGCUGUGCUUGGAUUACCGUGUCUCAAUCAUAUAACUUGGAGAAGCUCCUAGGAACAAUGGCUGAGCACCUCUGUCCAGAAUUUAAAAUCGACGCAAUUGAAGAGCUAAUUGGUCGCCUCAGAAAUUUUUUGGAGACAAAGAGGUAUCUUAUUGUUUUUGAUGAUGUUUGGCAAGUAGAUUUUUGGGGAGUUAUAAAACAUGCUUUGCCUAGUAAUGGUAGAGGUAGUAGGAUAAUUGUCACAACACGUAAUGAUAUGGUAACAGCUGAUUGUCAGGAGGACUCUUGUCAUCUUGUCAAAAAGUUGUCGCCAUUGUCUCAUGAAAUAGCUUGGCAACUAUUUUGCAAAAAGGCAUUCCGUUUUAAACUUGAGGGACAUUGCCCCCAAGAGUUAGAGACCUUAUCUCUUGAAAUUGUGAGAAAAUGCCAAGGUUUGCCUCUUGUGAUUUCAUCAGUAGCCGGUUUGUUGUCAACUAAGGAAAAAAAUGUGUCCGAAUGGCAAAAACUGAAUGACACUCUUAAUAGUCAGUUCCAAACAAAUCCACACCUUCCAAGCAUUUCAAAAAUCCUCUCUCUUAGUUAUAAAAACCUUCCUUCCUAUCUUAAACCUUGCUUCUUAUAUUUUGGCAUAUUUCCUCAAGGCCGUUCAAUUACGAAGAUAACAUUGUAUAGAUAUUGGAUUGCUGAGGGUUUUAUUAAAGAAAAGGGAGAUAAGACAUUGGAACAAGUUGCUGAAGAGUAUCUAAAUGAACUCAUCCAAAGAAACUUGGUUCAAAUACAAGGUUUUCUUUGGGGCGGUGGAUUAGAUAGGUUGUGUCAAGUACAUGAUUUAAUGCGGGACAUAAUUCUAUCAAAAGCAGAUGAAAUGAAUUUCUAUCAAAUUGUUGGUGGAAAAAUGUCCAUUGUUCGAGGAAAGUGUCGUCGCAUAUCUAUCUACAAUUGUGAAAACGAUUGCAUGAAGGUGAAUGAAGUCUCGGGAGUUCGUUCGAUUUUACUUUUCAAUAUUGAUGGUCGACCAACAAACUUUCACAUGGAUAGUUGGUUUGAAAAAUGCAAGCUUCUAAAGGUGUUAAAUCUUACAGACAUUCCUAUCGAACACCUCCCCAAAGGAUUAGGGUACUUGUUCCACCUAAAGUCCUUAACCUUGAGGAAUACAAAGGUGAAGAGACUUCCAACGUCCAUCGGUAAACUCCAAAAUCUACAGGUAUUGGAUCUCAUGAAUACCGCAGUGCGAGAGCUCCCAAUCGAGAUCAAUAAGCUUCACAAUCUACGACACAUUUACGGAUUUUAUUAUAAACACACAAUCGGAUUUUGUUUUGAGGAAUUCCAAGGCCUCAGGAUGCAUGAAGGAAUUGGUUGUUUGGGGGAGUUACAGACACUUGAGUAUCUUGAAGUAAGCAAUGACAGAACUGGCAUCAUUACAGAGCUGGAAGGACUGAGGCAAUUGAGAAAUUUAGGCAUUUACAAAUUGACAGCGGAACUUGGAGCUACCCUCUGCGCCUCUAUUGUGAAAAUGAAUCAUCUUGAAUGCUUAUCUUUGGUGUCGAAUUCUGAAGCUGAGAUUCUAGAUUUACAGGCGAUUUCAUCACCGCCUCUUUCUCUAAGGAUUCUUAGCUUCGUAGGCAGAUUGUCAAAAAUUUCGAACUGGAUUUUGAAACUUUCCAAUCUACGUACACUGACAUUCUCAUUCUCAAGCUUAAGUGAUGAUCCUUUGAAACGCCUCCAAAGUUUGCCUAAUCUUGAGUAUCUUUAUCUCUACAAGGCCUAUGAUGGAGAGGAAAUUCACAUUGAGGAAGGUGGAUUUCAGAAGCUGAAAUUGCUUGAACUAUGUGACUUGAACGAAGUAAGAGUGAUCAAAAUAGGCAGAGGAUCAUUGCCUCUUCUUGAAGAGCUAAGGAUUGGAGCUCUUCCGCAACUGAAGGAAGCGCCGUCCAACAUUCAACACUUGAGAAACCUCAGAGUUGUCGAAGUUUCUGAGAUGCCGAUGGAAUUCGUGCUUGCUAUGCAACCAGAUGGAGACCAGUGUUGCUGGAAAGUUAAGCAUGUACCAAAUGUUUGGUCAUAUUAUAAAUUUGGAAGAGAUAGGUUUGAUGCCUUAUAGGUUUGUGUUUUAGACUUAAUUGUCUUUGUAGUUUUAUGGUUCUUGUACUAAACUUUCUACUACGUUUUGGCAUAGUUUAGUUUUGAAUCUUCACCUUCAUCUACUUCAUUUAUGUAGUUGAGUAAUGCUGUUUCCUUUAGCAGGGUAUUAUUAUAAU